GUACUUCAGCUACGUAGCACAGCGUCUUGUUUGACGGAAAUUAAAUCUGCUGCUGGCAAUCUGGACAUUUUCCCCAUGCGUAAACUGAAACAAGCUGCAAGGUGCAGCCACAGGCCCUGAGGGGGAGAUGACAAAAGAGGACCUUUCAGAACCUGUUGAGGGGGACACCGUCCUGGGCUGCCACACUAGACUUGCUUCCCAUCAGCGGCCGGUCAUCCACCAGGUGGCCUCUGCACCUAUGCCCAGUGACUCCGAGUUCUCCUUCUUUGACCCCAGUGAGCCGCAAUGCAAGGAGAUUCUUCAGGAUCCCAACACCACCAUACCUGAGCUGUUUGCUGUCCUCAGGCAGUGGGUGCCCCAGGUUCAGAAGAACAUCGAACUAAUAGGCCAUGAGAUCCUAAAGCGAGGCUGUGGUGUGAAUGAUCGAGACGGUCUGACAGAUAUGAGUCUCCUGCACUACUGUUGCAAGGCAGGGGCGCCGGGUAUUGGUGAUGCAGAGACGUCAGCCAGCUUUGCCCGCCAGCUCCUUGCUUUGGGUGCAGAUCCAAACCUUCGAUCGCGCUGGACAAACAUGAGGGCGCUGCAUUAUGCUGCCUAUUUCGAUGUGCCCCAGCUAAUCCGUGUUAUGUUGCAGGCUUCCCUGCCUGGAGAGGUUGAUGCCACCUGCAGUGACUUUGAUUUUGGCACAGCCCUCCACAUUGCCGCAUCCAAUCUGUGCACAUCAGCUGUCAAAUGUCUCUUGGAGCUCGGAGCCAAUCCUGCUUUCAGAAAUGAAAAAGGGGAGUGUCCCGCAGAUGUUGUGCCCGACCCUCUCGACAUGCCUUUGGAGAUGGCGGAUGCUGCUGCUGUAGCAAAAGAGCUCCGGAUUUUACUGAGACAAGCUUUACCCAAACCUAGCUCCCCUCUGCUCCUCACGCUGCAAGGCCGCCCUGUUCCUGCUCUCUCCGAUAAGGCCAGGAUACAGCUCGCCUCCAUGGGAAUCCGACUGGGUGACCGUGUGGUGAUAGCUGGACAGAAGACGGGAACUCUGCGAUUCUGCGGCAGCACUGAAUUCUCUGGAGGCCUCUGGGCUGGAGUUGAACUGGACAAACCAGAGGGGAAGAAUGAUGGUUCGGUGGCAGGAGUUCAGUAUUUUACCUGUCGACUCAAACAUGGAAUCUUUGCCCCUCUGUCAAAAAUCAGCAAACCUUUGGAGAAACUUAAAACCAGCACCAAAAAGACGUCUACACCACUGCGCCCCCCUCGUCGUAUUGAUCUGUCUCGCAUAACCUCCAAGAUUAACACAGGUUUAUCUCCCACCGUUAAAACACCUGAUAAUCAUAAAAGUCCACCUGGUCCUGAUCAAGGUGCAGAGGGAGACGUCUCAGUCAGUAAGACAGGUAUCCUCUCCCGCUCCCUCUCCUCUUCCUCCUCUUCGCUCGACUCUCGGCAUGGACAGGGUGCCCGACCUCGUCCGCUCCCAAGGCAGCGCCUCCCAGCCAGACAUCGGAGGGAACGCGUUUCCCCAAGUUCCAGGACGACACCUUCACCGUCACUCCGCUCGUCUUCAAACACCACGACUCUGACAGCUGCAGGAUUUAGGAGUCGAACGCCCUCAGGAAGCAGUUCAUUGUGUGAGGGCUCUGAUGUGCGACUCGGGGAGAGGGUUCUGGUGGUGGGCCAGAGAACUGGUGUUGUUAAGUUCUGUGGGAAAACCAGCUUUGCUCCAGGAAUCUGGUUGGGCAUCGAACUGGACAAACCAAGUGGUAAAAACGAUGGAUCAGUCGGAGGAGUGAGAUACUUCAGCUGCCCUCCAAAACACGGAGUCUUUGCUCCUCCGUCUCGUGUCCAAAGGAUCCAUGGUUCAGUCGAUUGCCUUUCAGAGCUCAACUCUUCACGCCUCAGUCAACCAUUCGGUGGGACAAUUCGUCGCAGUUUCAGCACAUCAUCGGCCAUCGCCACUCCGAAGGAGACGAGCAGGAGAAGCCCGGUUUCCAGGAGUCGCUCCAACCCUCACCGUCGGCGCUGGAGCACCCUCAGUGGUGGUAGUGGUGGAAUUCCUGGAAGUACGGCAGGUUCCAGCCCCGCUCCCUCCUCUGACGGACAGGUUCGCCUCCACGUGGGCAUGCAAGUCUUCCUCAGCAGUGCCAAUGAGAUGGCAUUCAUCCGUUACUUGGGCACAGCAGACUUUGCUCCAGGGCUUUGGCUGGGUCUGGAGCUCCGGAGCCCAAAAGGAAAGAACGACGGUUCUGUUGGCGGCCAGCGCUACUUCACCUGUCGACCUGGCUACGGCGUGCUGGUCCGUCCCAGCCGCGUCACCUAUCGCGGCAUUAAUGGCUCACGCUUGAUGAAUGAAAACAGCUGAACCUUAAAGAAAACUUUGGGUGGGAUGUUGUUUAAACUAUUGGUUUUUUGCUUUGCGCAUUAACAAUCUUCACCUUCAUAUAUUGAAUCCUCUGAACAGUUCAGAGCUGAGAGUUACAGGAAUGACCAUUUAUUAUUCUGAAGAAAAAGGAGACAAAAGAAAGCACUUUAUGAAGUUAGCUUUAAAUUGUCAAUAAAAUCUGUUAUGGCAGGAUUUGUGGGGAGUUUUGAUA